GCUCUCACUACUUCCAUGGCGAGCUUCAGCUUCAACACCACCAGAAUCAGAACCCCCACCCUUCAAUACCACAAACCCAUCUCCAAGUUUGUCUACCGGGCAAAACCCAUCAAAAUCCCAUCUCCUCUCUCCACCAAUCCCUCAAAAUCCCGGCCAAAACUCCGCUGUUUCCGUCCCAAUUCCGUCUCGGAAAGCUCUUUUUCCACGACACAAGAAGCAGAGGAGGAGGAAUUCGAUGAAGUGGACGACGACCCAACGAAGGAGCUGAGCUACCUCGACCCGGAAACCGACCCGGAGAGCAUUUCGGAGUGGGAGCUAGACUUCUGCUCCAGGCCGAUUUUGGAUAUCAGAGGGAAGAAGGUGUGGGAGCUGGUGGUUUGUGACGAAUCGCUGUCUCUGCAGUUUACGAAAUAUUUUCCAAACAACGUUAUCAACAGCAUUACUUUGAAGGAUGCUAUUGUGUCCAUUAGUGACGAAUUAGGUGUCCCUCUGCCGGAUAAAAUCCGCUACUUCAGGUCACAGAUGCAGACAAUUAUCACAAAGGCAUGUAACGAGCUCGGUAUAAAGCCUAUUCCCAGUAAACGGUGCCUAUCGCUGCUUUUGUGGUUGGAAGAACGCUAUGAGACAGUGUACACACGCCAUCCUGGUUUCCAGAAAGGAUCUAAGCCGCUCCUCGCAUUGGAUAACCCUUUCCCAAUGGAACUUCCGGAAAAUCUUGUUGGCGAGAAAUGGGCCUUUGUUCAGUUGCCCUUUUCAGCUGUUCAAGAGGAAAUCUCAUCCUUAGACACGAACCUCGUGUUUGGCGCAAGUCUAGAUUUGGAUUUGUUGGGGAUUGAAAUUGAUGAGAAGACUUUGAUUCCAGGAUUGGCAGUUGCAUCUUCACGUGCAAAACCGCUAGCAGCUUGGAUGAAUGGGUUGGAAGUUUGCUCAAUUGAAGUCGAUUUGUCACGGGCUCGCUUGCUUCUUUCCGUUGGAAUCUCUGGCCGAUAUAUUUACGCCACCUACAAUAAAACUCCUGAAACAACAAGUGAAGCUGAAGCUUGGGAAGCAGCAAAGAAGGAUUGCGGAGGCUUGCACUUCCUUGCAAUCCAGGGGGACUUGGACGGGGAUGAUUGUGUCGGAUUUUGGCUUCUACUAGACUUGCCACCUCCACCUGUAUAGUUCUAUCGGUCGAAAAGGUUUACGAAAGAAAUAACUCCUACACAUUAGUUUCUCAGUUAUAUUACUUCAUAUUUGAGAAGUGAUUGCAAGAACUGCUUCGGAACGGACUUUCUUUUCGAGGGUUUUUAACUGUUAAUGAGUUUUAUGAAUGGCCGAAAGAGGAAACUAAACUCGCUAUCCGGCAAAGUUGGUUGCAGGGAUCAAGGUCUCUCAUGCAAACUAGGGCUCAGAGUGCCCGAGUUCUAGUACCGGGUCUGUCAUCCUGGGUUCGGGAUUACAGACCCAAAGUUAUCCAAUUGGACAUUUACAACUUGUAUGGCCUCUCCUCCGAAAGAGCUCUACCAUCGUCACCACCACUCUUCCAGGUUCCACCAAAAUCGACUCCCACUUGGGCGUAGUCAGCAAUGAGGCACCACAAUCUGCACGAACAAUGACUCAAGGACGGGAUGCUUUCUAAUUGACGGACAAAUUUCAGCCAACAAACUAACGCCGGAAGCAUUCACUUCACCACUGUAUUCAAUUCCAUCAACUUUCAAAGAUGGUAAACGCAUCUGGUCCGAUACGAAAACAACUUUCAUUCCUAUCCUGUCUGUUACAGCGAAUUCUGAAAUAUCAAAGUUCAAGUCGGGAGUAUACAAAUACAUUUCGAGAAUAAGGCAGCUUAGCUGUCUAUAGAACA